CUCAAAACCCUAGAAAAAAAUGGCAGGAACCGGAGUUGUGGCGGUGUACGGCGAAGGAGCCAUGACGGAGACGAAGCAGAAAUCUCCCUUCUCCGUCAAGGUUGGUCUCGCUCAGAUGCUUCGUGGCGGUGUAAUCAUGGACGUCGUCAACGCAGAGCAAGCUCGAAUCGCUGAAGAAGCUGGCGCUUGCGCCGUGAUGGCUCUUGAACGUGUUCCCGCCGAUAUUCGAGCUCAAGGCGGUGUUGCUCGAAUGAGCGAUCCGGAGAUGAUUAAAGAAAUCAAAAACGCCGUGACGAUUCCGGUGAUGGCUAAAGCUAGAAUCGGUCAUUUCGUUGAAGCUCAGAUCUUGGAAGCAAUCGGAGUUGAUUACGUGGACGAGAGUGAAGUUCUCACUCUCGCCGACGAAGAUAAUCACAUCAACAAACAUAAUUUCAAAAUCCCUUUUGUCUGUGGAUGUAGGAACCUCGGUGAAGCUUUAAGGCGGAUCCGUGAAGGAGCCGCCAUGAUAAGAACUAAAGGUGAAGCUGGAACUGGAAAUGUUGUUGAAGCCGUUAGGCACGUGAGGAGUGUGAACGGAGCUAUUCGGUUACUUAGAAACAUGGACGAUGACGAAGUUUUCACUUUCGCAAAAAAGAUCGCUGCGCCGUAUGAUUUGGUUCUGCAGACGAAGGAGCUUGGGAGGUUACCAGUGGUUCAAUUCGCUGCCGGGGGAGUUGCGACUCCCGCGGACGCGGCGUUGAUGAUGCAGUUGGGAUGUGAUGGAGUGUUUGUUGGGUCGGGUGUUUUCAAGAGUGGAGAUCCGGUGAAAAGGGCUAAGGCGAUUGUGCAGGCGGUUACGAAUUAUAGAGAUGCGGCGGUGUUGGCGGAGGUGAGCUGUGGUUUAGGUGAAGCCAUGGUUGGUCUUAAUUUGGAUGAUAAGGUUGAGAGGUUCGCUAGCCGUUCUGAGUAACCAAUCAAAUUUCAGAUGUUUU